AGCUAACCUUUGGCAAAUUCAGGAGUCCCACAGUUACUUUUCUAAAUACAGUGGUACCCUUUUUGUGGAUUACAGCUCUUUCUUUUAAAAAAAAAAAAAAAAAACUGUUUUUAGAAAAUUAAAUAAUAGUUGCAAGAAUAAGUCAGUGAACUUUAACAUACCCUUUAUCUAGAUUUGAUUCACCACGUGUUAACAUUUUGCUACGUUCUCUUUACCACUCUACACAACGGUAUUAUUUUUGCUCAACAAUUUGAGAGUAGGUUGCAGACAUCUCGAACCUUUCUUCUAUACGUUAGCAUGUGUAUCCUAGAAACAGACAUUCUCUUACCUAGUCGUGGUACAAUCAUCAAAUUCAAGAAGUUAAAUUUUGGUACAAUAGUAUUAUCUAAUUUACAGUCCAUAUUUAAAUGUUUUCUGAUUGUCUCAGCAGUGUUCUUUAUAGUGACUUUUUCCCCAAAACACAAGAUCAUGCAUUGCAUUUAGUUGUCAUGUAAGUUUUGUUGCUUUUAGAACAUGUCACUUCUGUCCAGAAAUAGAGAUAGUCUUCUGACUCUUACCUCCCACAAGCUUUGUUGAAGAAAAAGGACAUUAGGAAUUUCAAAGAGGCUGCUUGCUAUUUAAAAAAAAAAAAAAAGCAAAAAGCAAAAAGGGACUCUUUUGUUUUUAAUUUUUAAAACUUUGUCUGGGUUUUGGUUUCUUGACUCAGCAAAGUCUAUAAUGCAGCAGGGCUUGGUAAGCAUUAAAGGCGGUACUGAAGCUUUCCUUUAUUUUAUAAUCCCAAUUGUUUUUUCUAGAAACCAUCAAUAGCCUCUAAAUGACUGACUCAAUUUUUGGAUCCUAUUCUCAUGACUAAGCAAAUGUUUGAUUUGAAACCAGCCCAUAUAAAUGUCACUGUGCCUCUAACUCUCUGUAGCCAUUCCUGAAUUUCUUUCAGCACUGAGAAAACCAAAAUGUCUAAAACUGGAACCAAGCUCAAAGAUCCUCUUAAGACAGCGCCUGGCUCUGCUGCUUUCACCUGAAAUGGCUCAGAUUACUUUCUAUGAAGACAAAAAUUUUCAAGGCCGUCGCUAUGACUGUGAUUGCGACUGUGCAGAUUUCCACACAUACCUAAGUCGCUGCAAUUCCAUUAAAGUGGAAGGAGGCACCUGGGCUGUUUAUGAAAGGCCCAACUUUGCUGGGUACAUGUACAUCUUACCCCAGGGAGAGUACCCUGAAUACCAACGUUGGAUGGGCCUGAACGACCGUCUCAGCUCCUGCAGAGCUGUUCAUCUGCCUAGUGGAGGCCAGUAUAAGAUUCAGAUCUUUGAGAAAGGGGAUUUUAAUGGUCAGAUGUAUGAAACAACUGAGGAUUGCCCUUCCAUCAUGGAGCAAUUUCACAUGCGAGAGAUCCACUCCUGUAAGGUGUUGGAUGGUGUCUGGAUUUUCUAUGAGCUACCCAACUACCGUGGCAGGCAGUACCUCCUGGACAAGAAGGAGUACCGGAAGCCCAUCGACUGGGGAGCAGCUUCCCCAGCUAUCCAGUCUUUCCGCCGCAUUGUGGAGUAAUGACAUGAAUGGGGCCAUAUUCUUCCUGGGGCCCAAAUGCUGGCUGGCCUUGUGGUCCAAAUAGGCAUCAUCAAUAAAACAGUUGGCAUGCAUCCCA